GUUGCUAGGGGUUCUAUCUUUCUGCGAGAUUUUGUCAGAUGUUCUUUCAAUCACUGUUUUAGAGAAGUUCGUAAUAUUUUCUCAUUAAAUAAGCUUAUUAUUCUACUUUAAACAAUCUUGUUAUUUAUAUAUGCUCACUUAAUUCCUCAUUCGUAUGGCCAGUUCCCCUAGUGGAUAUCUGUCAUGCAGAAAAGAGCUCGACACCAAACUGAGAAUAUGAAAGCCUGUGACCAGCAGACUUAUUAAUGUCUCUUGCUGAGUACUGUGCUGUUAGAAGCCAAGUUGUUGUCUCAAAACAUGGCUCAUAAUAAGGCAAGCAGGCGCAAACGCACUUCCUCUUUCACCUUUCCUCCUUUCCCAUGUGCCUUUGGUCAAGGACGCAAUCGUAUCCUUAAAAAAAAAAAAUAGAAAAGAAAUAGCAUCGUCGUCAUCACAAUGAUCAUCAUCGUCAUACACACGCACGCACGCACGCACGCACACAGGCCCACGCGAGGGCGCUUAUGAUUCAGGCGAAAGAGCGGGGAUCGAAGCGCUCGCGAGCAUGGUUCUUGUGCGAAACAAAACUUGUCUCCAAGGCAACCCGCCGUCCGAGCUCGCUGCCGCUGAUGGCCAGCGAGAAGCCGGUGAACUCGUGUCGUGCUUCAAAAGAAUGGAAGCGGCUACUGUGGAAGCAGGUUCAAGCCCGGUCUCCACCGCAUUCGGCGCACCCCACUCUACCGCGAGCCUCGCUGGCGCGAACGACGAUGCGGACGUGCCCACGGAGGAGUUCGAUAGCAUCGGUCUCUCGGAGGACGAGCGCGGUGACUCAGCGUCGCGUCCUACUCUGGACUGCGAGGACGGGGACGACGAUUGCGGGGGAGAGCGUCGUACCGCCGACCAAGGCACCGACAGCGUUGGAACCACCACUGCCCCGUCGUCGGUGUCGAGCACAGACGACGCGCACGAAGAGGCGCCGAGUGCGUGGACGCUGUGGUAUCUGCGCAAGGAUCUCGAGUGGAGGCAACGCGCCCGGCACGAGCACGAAUCACGGAGGGUCGCGCUGAGCGAGGCACGCGCCGCGGCCGAACUCGAGGCGAGCCAGCGGUCUCGGGCGGAGCGGGCCUUCGCCGCGUGGUGUGCCACGAAGAGGGAGCAGGAGGCGGCGAGGCGAGCCGAAGAGCGUCGUCGGCUCGCCGACGCCGAGGCCCAGCGGAAGCGGACUGAGCAGCGCACGUGCGCGCUCUCCGAGAGAAAGUGCAGGGAAUGGCUUGCCAGGAAGCAAGUAGAGCAGGAGGCCAGUUUUGCCAAGAAACAGCGAACUCCGACCAGUGGCAGCGCAGAGAAGGCGGCGGCGAACCAAAGCGCUUUCGAUGCUUGGCUCACCAGCAAGAGUACGAUGCCUCCAACGGAGAAGUUCCACGUGAAGUGCAUUGAUGGACAACUGUUCGCAUUGUGGCGGUAGUCCACAUGCAACUCUUACCAAUACGGUGCAUUGGCAUCGAUAUAUAUUUACAGGUGUCAUUAUUUCGUUCUAGCAGGCACGUCAUUUCUAUUAACAGGCUCGGCUUACUAGAGCUGGUUUGUUCGAUAUUGAAGAGCGCGCAUGUUUUCCUUUGAUCUUGAUUUUUCGUGAGGGCAAUCCAGGAAGCAGAUAUGUCGACAGGUAAAACGAUGUCCAAGCCAGACAUUGCCAUUAAGUAUCACUAUAAGGUACUUAUUAACAAACAAUCACUAAGGCACUUAUAAUGCCAAAGAUAUAUAUUUAUAUGAGAAAUGUGCAAUAACAUAUUAUCGGCUACAAUGCGUAUGUACUCUUUCAUAUGCUCUUGUAUAUUUGUGCUUUGGACAUAUCAUACUAAAAUGAUUUCAUUUAUAUUUUAUUGUGUGCUCCAAACUACAUGACGCGAGAAGCGUUCGCUGUAGGGGAGGUUUGUUAUCAUGAAACUCACCCUCAAAACCGUGCCCUCACCCUAAAAAAUUGCCGUGAGACUGGCCGCUCGAGCCACCUUGCGUGUAUUUGCGGGCUACUUUCACGCUCGGAAAAAAUACUUUUGUGCAGCACGCAUUGAGCAACAGAAGCCUGUAUCAGGGGUUUUUCAUGCUGCUCUACAAUUUUCUCAUUUACACUUUUCAUCUAAAUAUAAUAUUUGAGAAGGUGAUCAGUUAAUUAAGACAUUAUGUAAUUAGGCGGAAUGCAAUAAAUAAUAUGAGUAUCUCCAAG